GUCCAACGAUUGUGACGCUAUCAACGCGCGUCAUCACGCCAACCGAAAAUCCUGCCUUUAUUCCCACGUUUCGCGUAUCAACCGCCAACUGAAACCCUAUUUCUCAUCUGUAUUUCCGUUCUGAUUGCAAUCCGUUCAGUCUCCUCGCCAAUUUCUUUUUCUAAUCUGUUAUACUUUUUCGACAACUUGUUUCUACUCAUGUUCCGUUUCACGUACGGCAGAUAACGUCAGGCUCUUAUGCGACCUUUCAAGUCUGUUUUUACUGUUAUUAUCAGCGCGAUCUAAAUCUUUCACAUUCCUAUGCUUGUCAGGCUCGCUUCUACAUGUUGAAACAUUGGCAUUGUAAUCGUUUCAGUAAAGAAUAUAAUAAAGGAAGAGGUACGGUCGGUCUGUCAGAAUCUGAGCAAAUCCAUUGAAAGUAAAUAUAAACUGGGCAGUGAGGAGCUUUCUGUUCUCAGAACAGAGGCUAAAGAUUUGGUUCAGACUUAUGAAAACAGAGCUGAAUCUCACAUGGAAUCAUUGAAUAACAUUGUACGACAAUUCAUUGCAAUUCCUGACAACGUUUUAUUAGACGAGGAUAAAGGUCAAGCUGUUCAGGUCAGCGAAGAUGAAUUCCAAGAACUGAAGACCAAGAUGGAGAAUCUCCAAAAGAGAGCCGAAGGGGUCACAAUGUUCAACGCCGCUCUACGCCAAGAACUCGAACUUCAAAAAAGAUUCAAGGCCUGCGAGGACGCGAUAAACAAUGCGAGCAAGGAGAUUAAAGAUAACACCGUUGUACCAAAUUUGGAUGACCAGAUAACAAAAUUCAUCCAGCAAUCGGAAAAACUUAGAAUGCAGCUACCAAUUCCUGAAUCUCAAUGCGAAAGGCACAAAUACAAUCCACCCUUGGAAAAUCUUAAAGAUUUUGAUCUCGUAUACCGUGAAACUUUAAUUAAUACUACCAAUGAAUAGAGCAAUCUUACUAAGAUGUUAUUUGUGGCCUAUCAAAGUCUAGAAGAAUCUUGAGCAUAUAUGUAUGUCUAGUUAUAUUUUUUUAUACACAAUUAGGUCAUUAGAUUUUUUUCAAUAAAACUAUCUGUUAAA